CGGCGGGGCGGCCCCUCAGGCGGCGCCCUUAAAGGAGCCGCAGCACCCGCGACUCGGCGGGCGGGGUGGGUGGUGAUCGCUCGCUCGGGACGAGGAGGCGGUGUGGAGGUGCGCUGAGAGCCGGUGCCGUCCUUCGGGAGCGCCCCAGGGGCCGUCCUGGCCGCCGCGGCGGCGAGCGGUGACACGGCGUUACCAUGUCAACGCAGAUCUUGUCCUGUGGUAUUUGGGAUUUUUGGCAAUGAGGAAAGGCUCUGUAAGAAAAGCAUUAAGUACAAAACCAACUUCUCCGACACCGAGUCCAAUGUCACCUGUCAGCUCAGGUACCAGAUCCCCGUCUCCCCUUGGCCAACAGACACCUCCAGCUGCUCCCAAAAGCAUGGAGCAGGUGUACCAACACCUGGAUAUUCCAGCAGAAGACGUGGGACCUGCUUUUAAGUUUCAUAAAGGUGAAAAUGGUGUUACCCCAGGAGUUAAGUACAUCACUGAGCCCCUUAUAAAGGCUCUGUCAAAACAGCAAAAUUUGGCAUGUAUAACCUCACUGAAUCUUUCUUCCCCAAAAGAUGGGGACAAAAAGUUUAAGUACAUAGAAAAUCUGGAGAAGUGCUCUAAACUAGAGAUACUAAAUCUUAGUAACAACCAGAUAGAGAAGAUGGAGAAGUUGGAUAAACUGCUGAAGUUACGGGAGCUCAACUUGUCCUGCAACAGGAUCAGCAAAAUCGAAGGUAUAGAACAGCUGCAGAACCUCCAAAAGCUGAACCUGGCAGGGAAUGAGAUCGAGCACAUCCCUGUGUGGCUGGGGAAGAAGCUGAGAUCCCUUCGUGUCCUCAACCUGAACCACAACAAACUGUCCUCACUCCAUGACAUAGCUAAACUAAAGCCUCUUCAAGAUCUGACCUCUCUAUUCCUCGCUGAUAAUCCAGUUGGAAAUCUGCCUCACUACUGCUUGUACACCAUAUUCCACUUGAGAGCACUGGAAAACUUGGAUGGGCAGCCCGUGACAAAUCCUGACAGGCAGGAAGCUCUGCAGAGGUUCAAUUUAGAAGAGAUAGAAAAAUUAGAGAGAGAGUUGGAAAACACAGUCAAGGAGAUGGAGAACCUCAAACUGACCCAGUCCAAGGUGCUCGAGCAGCUUCACCAUCAAGAUGAGGUCAACAAAUCACUGAAAGAAAAGACUUUGCAACAGAAACAAAGCUUUGAAGACCUACAAAGGGACCUGGGCACCAAAAAUGAGCUGCUGGUGUGUUGGUUUGUCCCAGCCCCCUUUCUGCAGAGCCUUUAUUCCUCACUGAAGUCCUGCUUUCCACUGUCUGUUGGAAUUGUGCUGCAUGUUCUCCCUCAGCUGAAGCAGAAGACAGUGGAGCUCACCCGAGCCUGCCAGAAGCAGUAUGAGCUGGAGCAGGAACUGGCCUUUUAUAAGAUCGACGCAAAAUUCGAGCCACUGAAUUAUUUUCCAUCCGAGGAGGUUGAGGUCGAUGAUGUGCCCGGGGAGAGCCCCUACAUUGGCAAGGCCAGGUACAAGAGGAACAUGUUUGUGAGGGAAGGAUUCAUCGCUGGCAGGGCUCAGCAGCUGCACCUGGGCAAAGUGCAGAGGGAGGGAGAGGACUUCUGGAGGAAAACCCAGCUGGAACUGCAUCUCCAAACUCUGGAUGAGCUACUGGAGAGUAAAGAAAAAAAGAUUAAUUCAGCACAAAGAAGAUUGGAAGAACUGCAAAGUGCAAUUGGAGAUGCAGAGCAACGAGUUUGGAAGGUAACAGAGGAACUGCAACAACUGGAGGCUGCUCUGGAUCAGAAAAAAAUAUCCCAGGCCAACAGAGAAGCAAUCGAGCAGCAGUUGAAUGAAAAGAUAAAAAUCCUGCAGGAGCUACAGAAGGAAACCUUAGAACUGGAAAAACAAAUAGAGAAACAGAAAAGAGAAAUAGGGAAAAAACAGAAAGAGCUGGAAGACUUGCAGAGUUCUCUUGCUUCUGUAAAUCCUGAGAAUCCAAGACAUGCUCACAUGAAAGCUCAGAAAGCAGGUAAAGAACAGCAGCUGGAUAUGAUGAACAAACAUUGCCAGCAGCUGGAGAGUCGCCUGGAUGAAAUGCUCUCCAGGAUUGCAAAGGAAACUGAGGAAAUCAAGGACUUGGAGCAGCAGCUCACUGAUGGUCAGAUAGCAACAAAUGAAGCCCUGAAAAGGGACUUGGAAAGUAUCAUCAUGGGACUGCAGGAAUACCUGCAAAGUGUCAAGUGCCAGGCAAAACAGGCCAAUGAGGAAUGUAAGAAGUUGCAGAAGGAUAAAGAAUCUUUGCUAGAAAGAUUGGCAGAUCUAGAGGAGGAUAAAAACAACCUGGAAAUGGUUGCCAUGGAUGCAGAAAAUAUGAGAAAAGAAAUUGCAGUGCUGGAGAGGGCCCUCCAAGAGCAGCAAGAAAUAAAUGAGUCUCUCCGAGAUGCCCAAGGGAAGGUCAGUGCCUAUGAGGCUGAGCUGGAGGCCCAGCUGAGAGAGAGGGAUGCUGAAGCCAAGCAGCAAAAAGAAGAAUUUGAAAGACUGAAACAACUUAGCCAGAUGGAACUGUCAGCCCUGCAGGCUGAACUUGAAAAAGAAAGGCAGGUGUUAGAGAAUGCUCAGACCAAAGCACAGCUGGCAGAAGAGAAGGAACAACAAAAUUACAAGCUCCUUUCUCAGUUCAAACAACUGCAGGGAGACAACAAUCUCCUGAAAGAACAGCUUAAAGAUCUUCAGGACCAGCUAAACCAUGCAGUUGGGAACUUAAUUCACCCUGAGGAAGUCUUGGCUUGUAUAAAUGAACUCAGGCAAAAGCUUCAGUCAGGGGCUGGAGAGAUUCAGUGCCCAAAUUCAGCUGAUGUUGUAGGGAAAAGCCUUGCAAAGCUGCAGAGGGAAUUUAAUGACAUCCUUGCUGAUGCUGAGAGGGAAAAAGAGAAAGCAUGGGCUAGACAGAGACAGUUGCAGGAAGAAAUGGUAUCCCAGCAGGAAAAGCUGGAAGAAUUACAGGAGAAAUAUAGACAGGUUAAAGCUGAAAACAGGCAGAAUAAGAACAAAGUCCAUCAGUUAGAGAACGAAAUCCAGCAUUUACAUGAUAAAAUAAAGAGCAUGGAAGAGAUUCAGGGCCUUGCUGACCAGCAGCUCCAGGAGGCAGAUGAAGAGAAGGAGGCUAUUCUUGCUCAACUGGAGGAUUUAGAGAAGAGGAAAAAAAUAGAAGAUGCCAGGGCACAACUGCAGGUUGUGAGUCUGGAUAAGGAGCUGAAGGAGCUGCAGAGGGCCAUUGUCACCUCAGAUAAGUUGGCAGCCACAGAGCUCUGCCUUGCUAAAAACCAGCUCAAGGCUCUUCGGGGGACUGUGCUCAGGAUUAAUCAGGAGAGGGCUGAGGAGAUUGAGGAAGCUGAGGAGUUCUGUGCUGAGGCAGCUCGUGCUGCCCGGGAUCUGGCCAGGGCAGAAGCAGAAAUACAAUUGCUACAACAACAACUCAAAGAGAAGGAAGAGCAAUUUCAGCGUGAAAUGGAGAAAGCUGGAGAGAAGGCUGUUGCAUCAAGCCCUCAGAAGUUUGAAAUGGAUAAAUUAAAUGAAGUUAUGGAGCAGCAAAAAGCAGAAAUUGGCCGUUUAAGAUGGUUGUUGGAUAAUAUUGGGACAGUUAACAAAGAUGAAGUUGACAACUUACAGGGGGAACUUGCAGCCCUCAGAAAUGUGCUGUCCCAGCACAGUGAUUGUAUCCCCAGCACAGCAGAUCCCUGGAAAAGAAGAGGAUACUGGUACUACCUGCCACCAUCACAGGCUUCAACUCCUGCUUCCCAGAGCACAAAGGACUCUGGAGUGUGUUUGGGGUGCUCUGGCUCAUCCCCAUCCAGGAGAGGGGGUGUCCAGGACAGGCCACGUGGGAGGGAAGACUUGCCCAGCCAAGGAGGGUGUUGGGUUUAUUCCCCAGACAGAAAUAGGUCAUACAAAACAAAUUCUGGUAGAGGUAAAGAUAGAAGAGCAAAAGAAGAUGGUGAAGGAAAUGCAGGAACUCCUGUUCCAGAAGAGCCUCCCUCUGUGCCACCUCCUGGCACAGUUCUUUACACUGCCCUUCCAGAUGGUGCCCCUGCCCCCCAGGGAACAGGGGUGUAUGGCCCCCCUCCUGCAGCAGCCAGUGGAGGAGCAGUUGCUCCUGGAUCCAUCAUCCAUGGCCCUCCUCCCGUGGGAGCCCAGGUGGUUUAUGGCCCUCUGCCUCCAAACUGCACCGUCCCUCUCGUUCCCCUGGGAGUGCUCCACUGCAACGUGCCUGAACACCACGAGUUGGAGAGCGAAGUGUCGAGGCUGGAGGACACCGUGUGCCACCUGAAGUCUCAGAAAUACAAAGAGAGGUGCUCAGAGGCAGCUGAGCAGAAAUACAAGAGAGAGGUGGAAAAACUGCUUCAAAAUGUUGAAGAACUUGAGCAGGAAAGGGCAGAGCUGGAGUGUGAGGUGGCAGAGCUGCGGCGAGCGGCUCAGAGGCAGAGCAGGCGCAGGGACUUUAUUGACGGGUACCCUGACAACCUGCUGGCAGAGCUGCAGUUGGAAAGGUCUCUGAGGCACCAGGAGGACGUUGCAGAGGAGAUUGGGUGUGUGGAGAAGACUCUCCUGAAGCGCAGAGCUGAGCUCAGGGAGGCAGACAGGCUCCUCUCAGAGGCUCAGGUGGAACUGGAGAGCACCAGGGGGAAGACUAAAGAGACUCUUCAGAAGUACAGUCGUGCCAAACAGCAUCUGUCCUGCACCGAGUCAGAGGCAAAGGAGCUGGAGCAGAGGGCUCAGGAAAUGGCCACUAAACUUGUGAAAGCUGCUCAGCAACUCAGGUUAUUACAGGCAGAUACAAAGGAUUUGGAACAGUACAAGAGGGAACAAGAAGGUAUUUUGAAGGAAAUCAACCAAAUGGUGGCUGCAAGAGACUCCGAGUUCCAGUCGUUGAACCAGAAGAUAGAAAUGCUCUCUGAAAGUCUUCAGAAGCUUCAAGGAGAUAUUAGACUGGCAGAAGGCAACGAGGACCAUCACCUCCAGAUCAUUAGAGAAGCAGAAAGCCUUGUGCAAGCCAAGAAAACUGAACUGGAAACACUGAAAGAUCAGAUUUCUGCUCAGCAGCAAGAGCUCCUGUUCCUGGAGCAGCAGGUGAGCCAGAGAACAGAAGAGCUCCAUGUCCUGCAGGACUGCAUUUCCCUAAAGAAAGGGGACCUCAAGGAAGCCCUUCGGGAUGGAGAGACAGAAGCACACGAAAAACUGCACCAGAUAAGGGAAAUAAAAGUAAUUUUGGAAGAGCUUAAUGUUGAGAGGAAAGAACUGGAUGCCCAGUUGAGUGGGAAAAGAGCACAGCUUUCAUUCCUGAACAAGGAUAUUAGAAAGGAAGAAGAAAACCUUCAAGGAAUCCUUGGGCAGAUCACCAAGCACAAGAUGGAACUGAAACAUGUUCUGGAAAUGCUGGAGCUUGAAAAGAACGAACUUCAAGGUUUGAAACUGCAGCACGAGCAGAAGGUCAAUGAGCUGGAGAAGACUCAGGUGGCAAUUCUGGAGGAGAAGCUAAAACUGGAGAAGGUUCAGAGGUUAUUUCAGUGCCAGCAAGGGGAAGUGGAGAGGCAGGAACAGCUCCUCGAGAAAGACCGGCAGGAGAACCAACAGCUGGUUUCCCAAAUGCAAACUCUGCAGAACAACCUCGAGGCCCUGGCUAAGGAGAAGGAAAAGCUCCAGGAAGACUCCUGGAGUCUGGAGAAGAGGUUGUCACAAACCAGAAGAGACUUAACUGCUGCUGAAGACAGCAGCAGAACUGCCCUGUCCAAUGUAGAAAAAAUGGAACUGAAGGUUAAGAACCUGCAGCAGGAGGUGGAGCUACUGAGCAAGCAGAAGAAAUCACUGAAUGGAGAGAUUGUUGCUGUCCAGGAGGAUCUUCAAGGAAAAAAGGAAGAACUAGAAACAGUGAAAGGAGAACUGAGUGACUCCAGGGAGCAGCUCCAAGUAGUGGCACAGGAUUUGAAGAACAACACAAGGCAGCAGGAGGAGCUGCUGAGGGAGCAGGCAGCCCUGAGAGGAGACAUCCAGGAGUAUUUGAGGAAGCGUAAGGAUCACCAGGAGAGGCAGAGGAAGAGGGAGAACCAAUUGGAGGAGCUCCAGAAAAAGAUUGAAGAGAAGGAAACAGAACUGGCUGAACAGGAAGAGGUUCUCCAUCACCUCAAGCAAAGUUCAGAGCGCGAAGGAAAAAAGCUGGAAGAAUGUACAGCUAAAGUGAAAGAGGAGAGAAUCCUCUUGGAAAAGGAACUCGCAGAUCAACACAAGAAACUGGAGCAGACAAUAGCAAAAGUCAGGCUGGCAGAGGAAAACCUUGGGAAGCUGGAAAAGGAGGAGUCCAGAUGUGCAGCUCUGGAAGAAACUGUCAGAAAAAGCAAACAGCAGCUCUCAGAAAGAGAAUCACAGUUACAACAGAAAGACAGAGAAAUACAGUGUCUUCAGGAGGAACUGGAAGUCUCCAAGUCUGAGCUAAAGCAGCUCCAAGAUCUGGUGGUGUCAGAGAGGAGAGAAGCAGAAAAACAAAUCUUGAGUCUGAAAGAAAAACAGAACGUGCAAAGGAUGGAGCUUGAAAGAAAACUGCAGGAACAAAGGCAUGAAAACACCAGUUUGCAGAGUGAUGUGGCAACAGCUGAGCAAGUGGCCCUCAGGAACCACCAACGAGCCAAGGGCCUCGUGAAGGACCUUGGGCAGAUCCAGCAGCACUACAGGGACCUCCAGAGCCAGGUCAAAACCCUGGAGGAGAGACAAAGGGAAAUGGAGAGUGCAGCAACAUUGCUUAACCUGGAGGUUGAAGAUGAAAUUAGGACGGGGUUUAAAUCUCCCAACUCCUCUUCUCUGUACCCGUUGGAGGAUCUGGAAACAUCCUCUGAAGCAAAGGGAAGCCUGUUGUGUGAGUCUGGGGACUGGGAGCCCUUCACUGCUGCUGCUGACAGACUGUCCCGGGGAGACAAGUGGAACAUCUCCAGUAUCUUCAUAAUGGACGAGCAGUGGCGGGGGGAGGCGCUCCGGGAGCAGCUCCAGCAGCACGAGGACCGGCUCAAGGCCCAGCUCUGGCAGUCCCUGGCCCAGCAGGCCGAGGUGCUGCUCCGGGGGAAGCAGCAGACGGCCGGGAGCCUGCACAGCCUGCAGAGACAGCUCGAUGAGCUCCACGACCUGCUCAGCUCUGCCUCCGACUCGCUGCUCCUGGCCAGGAGCUCCAGCCUGGGAUCUCUCAACAGCACUCUGAAUUCCACAAGAACUCAGGCCUCUCUGCCAGGCCUUGCCGGGGUCCCCAGCAGGCCGGGAAGUGUCUCAGGAUCUCCCACAACACGUUCCUGCUCCCAAGGAGUCUCUCGGUGAAGCCAGAGCAACUCCCAGCUCACUGGGAACAAACAAACACCAGAGCCCUGCUGGCCCUGCCUGUUCCCCCUAAAGAACAGCUCUGGAAGAGGGGGACAAACUCCUCCUGCAAACUGUGGGUUGUACCAUCAGGUCCAGAGUGGAGGCUGAGCACAAAACCCAGCACUAGAAGGAUCUCUCAGCCCUCAGAGGUCCCCCAGCAAAUGACACACAGCAGUGAGGUUUAUCUAGAUACAGGUACUUUAUUUACAAAUAUUUAGAUUAAUAGCAUUGUUACAUCAAAUGAGGAGUACAGCAGUCCAACCAGAUCCUUUCUGUGACAGAAACAAUCAGACCUACUGAACUGACUCCGGGAGUACAGGUAUUGCACCUCAACAAGCUGUAGUCAUUACAACACUGACUUCACACCAGCAGCAGGUCGUGGUCCCUGGGCAAGCCCUGGUGCAGCCUCGGGGGAAGCAGGAUGCAGGAGCUGGAGAUCUCGGACAUACCCAUCUACUGAGGGACAGGAGGUAAAAAAGGACUAACCAGACACAACAGAGGGACAGCGCACAAGUUACCCAAACCCACUGUCUGCACAUUCCAGUUUUGGCUUUUAUUUAACAAGGACUGUACAAUACUCUGGUACCACUGGUUACUUACAAGUCUGAACAUUGUGGAGUUUUAGUGUCUAGAGCGGGAUUUUAAGGCUACUUUGUAUUUGAAACGCUGCAGUGAGCCUGAGGUGGGACAUUAAGCACUUACCCUUCCAUUUUUAAACCAUGUGGUUUUCCAAGCAAAGCUGCACUUGGAGCCACAGAAAACCCCCCCUUAGUGCAGCAACACCCCCCCGUGCAGGGUCACCACGUGACACCCCUCACACACAGGAAGGAUGUACUCCAAGGCUGGAUGCAAAACCCUUAAAAAAACCCCUCACACAGGACUGGUAAAAAAUACAACAGCAGUUAAAAUCCCUGGAGAGCACAUGUUGUUCCAAGUGUCCAGUUCAGCCUCUGCCCAUUCCCAAAGGUACAGGUACAAAAGCAGGGGGUGUGCGAGAGCCCCGGCCACGGAUGGAGCCCGAGAAGGGCAACGAGAAGCAGAGGGGAGAGAACCCCCAGUGCAGAGAUGAGACAGAUCCCACUAGUGUUAAUGUCUGUGUCCCCAGCACCACAUCCCUGGGGACACUGGGAAUGCUGCCUGGGAGCUGCAGCCAGGGCCGGGCUGUGCUGCCAGGGCAGGUGGGCACAGAGAGCUCAGACUGUACAAACGGGGUUUCUUACACACUGUUCUAAUGCCAGGCAUCGGAUUCUUCAAUAAAAUCAUAUACACAGGAUGUA